GGCGACUGCACCCUCAGCAGCCUGUUCCAGCUCAACGACAUACUCUUUGGUAGUACGCAGCUCUUCCUCCACAUCAGCCAGAUGACCGUCUUGAUUGGCCGCGGCCUUGAGAUCCUGGCGGAGUUCCUCACUUAUGACACGCUCCUCAUCAAGUUCUCGUCCCAACUGGUCGAUCUUGGAUUCAGCUUGAAGGACCGCAUCUUCGAGAUCUUGGAUCUGGCCAUUGGCACCGCGGAGAUCAGCCAAUGCCUUGUCGAGUCGCUCGUUUGCUUCGCGAAGUUCGCCGCCGAGCUCCUUUCCACUUUCAAGCACACGUUCGGCUUUCUCGGCGCGAGCUGCGGCGAGAUCACGUUCCUCUUCGACUGCUGAGACGUGCCUCUCGUUCUCUUUGGCCUGCUGGGCAGCGUCCUCUUCCAGCGUUUGGACUUGUUUCUCUGCUGCAUGAAGCUUCUCCUCUAGCUCCCCGACAAUCUCUGCAACGCCGCUUUCGACUUGCUUCAUCCUCUCCUUCCAUCGUUCCUUAUCUCCAGCGCGGUCUCGUUUCUCGGUCUCGAGCGAGCCUUCCAGCUCGGUCUUCUCAGUUUCGCACCGGUUCAACUCUUGCUUGAAGGUCUCGACCAUCUCCUCGAGUUCGGCUUUCUCCUCCAGCCAUCCUUCGGCCGCACGGUCUUCCUCGACGCUCCCCAAAACAGUUCCACCGAGACUGGUCCGACGUCCAGCACUGCCGCUGCUGAGGCGACGAUUUUCAGUGGGCUCGAUUCCGCGCUGCGUCGAUUUAAGCCGUGCAGAUAUGUAUUGAGUUUCCCUGCGUUGAAUCGGCCGACCCCGUGCUGCGCGCCGGCGCCAAAACCCAUAGCCGGAUCAAAGGAUGUGUUGGCGCGGUAGUGAUGGGUCGUUAGAUCAUGAGAAGACGCCGUUGAAAUUA